AUGGCGACAGUUGCCAAUGAGUUUUUCACUGCAUCCUUCUUCUCCGGCAAGAAGAAGGACUUCAUUGAUACGAGGGCACAAACGAACAAACAAACGUCUUACAUUACAAACAUGGCCAAUACACUGGAGGAACAACAAAGUCUACGGGAGUGUGAAAAUUACAUACAGUCGCAUGGCAUACAACGCGUACUCAAGGAUUGCAUUGUGCAGUUGUGUGUCAGCCGCCCCGAAAAUCCCAUACAAUUUUUAAGACAGUAUUUUCAAAAACUAGAAAAGGAACAAGUAAAACUUGAUUCCACCAAACAGGUAACCAGUCCCGAUGAUUGUGAAGAUCUCAGUCCAAUGCCACAAACAGCCGCCCCACCAGUACGACGACGUGGCGGUAUUUCCGCCGAACCAGUCAGUGAAGAAGACGCCACCAGCUAUGUGAAAAAGGUCGUACCCAAAGACUAUAAAACAAUGGCUGCCCUGUCCAAGGCCAUUGCCAAAAAUGUACUCUUUUCACAUUUGGACGAAAACGAACGUUCGGAUAUAUUUGAUGCCAUGUUCCCCGUAACACAUUUAAUGGGUGAAAAUAUCAUACAACAGGGUGAUGAAGGUGACAACUUCUAUGUAAUUGAUCAGGGUGAAGUUGAGGUUUUCGUCAAUUCCGAAAUGGUUACCACAAUCGGUGAGGGCGGUAGUUUCGGUGAAUUGGCCCUGAUUUAUGGUACACCCAGAGCAGCUACUGUACGUGCCAAAACUGAUGUCAAACUAUGGGGAAUUGAUCGUGAUUCAUAUCGUCGCAUUUUGAUGGGCUCAACCAUACGCAAACGUAAAAUGUACGAAGAAUUCCUGUCGCGUGUUUCGAUUUUGGAGAGUUUGGAUAAAUGGGAACGUUUGACUGUGGCUGAUGCUUUGGAAACUGUUACAUUUGAAGAUGGUGAAACAAUUGUUAAACAAGGUGAAGCUGGUGAUGACUUUUAUAUUAUUGUUGAAGGCUGUGCUGUUGUAUUACAAAUACGUGCUGAGCAAGGAGAUGAACCUGCUGAAGUUGGACGUUUAGGACCAAGUGAUUAUUUUGGCGAAAUUGCUUUGUUAUUGGAUAGACCACGUGCGGCUACCGUUGUUGCUAGAGGACCUUUAAAAUGUGUUAAAUUAGAUAGAGCGAGAUUUGAACGUGUAUUGGGACCCUGUGCAGAUAUUUUGAAACGCAACAUUACCCAAUAUAACAGCUUUGUUUCAUUGUCCGUUUAAAAACUUUUCAUACGGAAAUUACCACAACAACAAAAAAGAAAAUAAAUUAAAUAAUAUUUUGGAU